AUGCAUCAACUCCAUGCUGCAAUCGUUGUAAAUAAUUCUAAUCAAAACACUUUAGAUUCCUCAAAUCAAAAUCAAGUUCCAAUCGGAAACAUCCCUCAAAACGUUACAAUACCAGCCUCCUUAAUACAUCACCAUGAUAAUCCUAACAUAAUAGAACAACAUCAAGCUCUAGUCUCUCAAACUGAUCAACAGAAUCAAUUGACGCUUUCAUCUGUUCCUGCUUCAAAUCAAAAUCAGGUUAUAUUGUCAAAUAAUGAAGAAUCUUCUGUACAAGCUAUAAUAAUCGCGGUUCAGGCUCAAGUUCAUUCUGAUCCUCAAAAUGCUGUUGCUAAAGUACAAGCCCAAGCUGCAGCCGCUGUCGUUGCUGCUCAGUAUCAGGCAGAAGCUCAGGUUCAAGAAGCCCAAGUUCAAGCAGCUCAAGUAAAAGCUCAGGUACAAGCUCAGGUUGAAGCUGCUAAAUAUGCUGCCGCCGUUGUUGUUGCCCAGGCUCAAGCACAGGCCGAUGCUCAGGUUCAUGCUGAUCCCGAAGCUGAAGCUCAAGUAAAAGCACAA